AGUAACAAAACCUUCUGUUGCGUCAAUUCGAUCAUCAUCCCUCGUCAUUUUUUCGGACACUGCCCACUUUCUCUCUCUAUAAGUAUAUCAAGAGAACAAAAAUCACCAUCCUCUAGCGAAGCGAAGUUCGGAUGGAGUUUCAGGUGAGAGUAAUCGGAGGUUUAGAGAGCUGUUUCGUUUCUCUCCCACUGCUUCUCAUCCAAACACUACAGUCCACGAACUCUGGCUCUCUCCCUCCAUUUCUCGCUCUCGAGCUUCGGUCUCGCAACGGGGAUGAUCUCUGGCACGUUGCUUGGUCUGGCUCUGCAUCAAAUUCGUCCGCUAUUGAGAUUGAUCAACAAUUUGCAGAAUGUGUUGGUCUUUCGGAUAAUACUACUGUUCAAGUACGAGCUGUUCCUAAUGUGCCGAAAGCUACUCUAGUGACAGUAGAACCCCAUACCGAGGAUGAUUGGGAAGUUUUGGAGCUUAAUUCGGAGCAUGCAGAGGCAGCUAUUUUGAAGCAGGUCAGAAUAGUUCAUGAAGGAAUGAGACUUCCUUUAUGGUUGCAUGGGCGCACUAUAAUUAUGUUUGUUGUGGUUUCGACCAUUCCAAAAAAACCGGUAGUGCAACUAAUGCCAGGAACUGAAGUUGCAGUUGCUCCAAAGAGACGGAAAAGGAAUGUUGAUUCUUACGAAGAUUCCUGCUUCCAAGCUUCAAAUAAAGAGAAUUCUGUUGUAAAGGCGCUGUUGCGUGUCCAACGUCCAGACAGUAGAUUGAUUCACAAACAUGAGGUCAAUGGGGUUGAGCUGGGGGUGGUGCUCACUUCUAUUGUCUUUAUCCAUCCAGAGACAGCCAAAAACUAUUCAUUCGAUUCUCUCCAGCUGGUUACUCUAGUUCCUCGAUUGCCGUCGAAGGAAAGCAUAAAGAAUGAAAUAGAUACCUUAGGAAAGGAAAAUGGGUCAACUGCAAAAGAAGUUAACAGUGGAACUCUAACUGACAGGAAGGGUUACCGUCAGGCAACUGUUCGUCUUUUAAUUUCAGAAUCUGUGGCUAAAGGACAUGUAAUGAUUUCUCAGUCUCUUCGUCUUUAUUUGAGAGCAGGCUUACACUCACGGAUAUAUGUGAAAAGAUGUAAUAUUCAUUUGAAGAAAGACAUUCCUUUACUUUCACUUUCCCCUUGCCAAUUUAAGAUGUUUGGGAAGAAUAAGGCUUUUGAGAACAAUGGUCCAGAAGGUCUUGAUAGUCGUAUGAAUCAUAAGACCAAAAAUAUGCUUCUCAAAAGCAGAUCCGGCACUGAUAUGGGUAUCAUUGAUUGGUCAAAUCAUGAGAGAUUUGUGGCAGCUCUAUCUGAUGAAUCUCCUAAUAUUGGGGAUGAAGAGGCUGUUGCUAAGUCCAAGUCCAGGAGGGGAAUACAAAUCCUGCUUCGUGCAUGGUAUUUUGCUCAACUUGACGCCAUUGCUUUAAAUGUGGGACAGGAAAUUAAUUCAUUAAUUAUUGCAAAUGAAACUUUGCUUCACUUUGAAGUGAACGGUCACAAAUUUGGGAUGCCUGGAAAGGUACAGUUAUUGUCAGAUGGUUACAUGGAGACCAGAAAUAGAGUUGAAGAACCAUCAUAUGACAUCCUAUACGUUCUGUCCACACCUGAGGAAUCUCUGCACGGUGAAAUGGUUAAUGCUCAUGAACUUGCUUUUGAUGAAGGAAACAAGAGGAACAAUAAUCUGGGAAGCUUGGAAUUGUUACUUGGAAACCUGCGCUUAGGUGAUGGUGUAUGCUUUUAUCCCGUCAAAGAGAGAACCUUUCAUAUGGACUUUGAUUCGACCAUUUCUUCCUUGAGCUGGAUGGGAACAGCUGCUGCUGAUGUUAUUAAUAGGUUGGCAAUGUUAUUGUCUCCUGUUUCUGGGAUGUUGUUCAGUGCUUAUAAACUUCCUUUUCCCGGACAUGUCUUGAUAUAUGGACCUCCUGGUUCUGGAAAAACAUUAUUAGCCACUGCUGUUGCAAAAUCUGUUGAAGAAAACAAGGACAUCUUGGCACACGUAGUUUUUGUAUGUUGUUCCAAACUUGCUUUGGAGAAAUCGUCAACUAUUCGUCAAGCCCUUUCUGGCUACAUAUCUGAAGCUUUAGAUCAUGCACCUUCAGUUGUCAUCUUUGACGAUCUUGAUAACAUUAUAACAUCAUCCUCUGAUUCAGAAGGAUCUCAACCUUCAUCCUCCAUUGCUGCACUUACAGAAUUUCUUACAGAUAUUAUGGAUGAAUAUGAGGAAAAGAGGAGGUGUUCAUGUGGAAUUGGCCCGAUUGCACUUGUUGCUUCUGCUCAGUCUCUCACGAGUAUACCACAGUCCUUGAGCUCUUCUGGGAGGUUUGAUUUUCAUGUCCAACUGCCUGCUCCUGCUGCCUCAGAACGUGGUGCAUUAUUAAAACAUGAAAUCCGGAAACGUUCCUUACAAUGUUCUGAGGACAUCUUGCUAGACGUAGCCUCCAAGUGUGAUGGAUAUGAUGCACAUGAUCUGGAAAUUCUUGUUGAUAGAUCUGUUCAUGCUGCCAUUGGUCGAUAUUUAUCUAGUGAUCUGGCUUUUGGAGAGCACGGGAAGCCUAUUUUGGUUAGGGAUGAUUUUUCACAAGCAAUGCAUGAGUUCCUUCCAGUUUCCAUGCGAGACAUUACUAAAUCUGCUUCUGAAGUUGGCCGCUCUGGUUGGGAGGACGUUGGAGGACUUAUGAGCAUCCGGAAUGCUAUCAAAGAGAUGAUUGAAUUACCUUCAAAGUUUCCAAAUGUAUUUGCACAAGCUCCUUUACGGCUGCGGUCAAAUGUUCUGUUAUAUGGCCCUCCUGGUUGUGGCAAGACACAUAUUGUGGGUGCCGCCGCCGCCGCUUGUUCGCUAAGAUUUAUCUCAGUGAAAGGGCCUGAGUUGCUGAAUAAAUACAUUGGUGCUUCUGAGCAAGCUGUUCGGGAUAUAUUUUCAAAGGCUGCUGCAGCAGCACCAUGCCUUCUCUUUUUUGAUGAAUUUGAUUCUAUUGCACCAAAAAGAGGCCAUGACAACACUGGAGUGACUGAUCGUGUUGUUAAUCAAUUUCUUACCGAAUUAGAUGGUGUUGAAGUCUUGACCGGUGUGUUUGUGUUUGCUGCUACCAGUAGACCUGAUUUACUCGAUGCUGCACUGUUGCGACCUGGUAGGCUUGAUCGCCUUCUUUUUUGUGAUUUCCCAUCAAGGCAUGAGAGGUUCGAUAUUCUUACAGUUCUUUCCAGAAAGUUACCGCUGGCCAGUGACGUUGAUUUAGAUGUCAUAGCGCAUAUGACUGAAGGAUUUAGUGGAGCUGACCUCCAAGCUCUGCUCUCAGACGCACAGCUUGCUGCAGUUCACGACCUUCUGGACAGUGCAGAUAGCGAGAAGACUGGGAAAAAGCCGGUCAUCACCAAUCUUCUUCUGAAGUCUGUUGCUUCUAGGGCAAGACCAUCAGUUUCAGAAGCCGAGAAGCAGCGGUUAUAUGGCAUUUACAGCCAGUUAUUGGAUUCAAAGAGAACAGUUGCUGCACAGUCCAGAGACGUGAAAGGCAAAAGGGCAACUCUAGCAUGACAAAUAUUAGAUCAGAAUCUACUACCUUCAUUUAAUGCAAAAAGCAAAUUGACAACCCUAGCCAUUCCAUUACAUAAGGAGCCAAAGUGAUUAAUCUUGAAUCACUGGAAAUGCCACGUGUCUUGGGGUAUUUCUUAUAUUCUUCAAAUCUUGGGGUUGAAAGGGUUGCCAUGUAAUAUUUUUGAUGACUGGUACUUUUUCUCGAUGUUUUAUUCUGCUGAUUUUGAGCAACACUUUAAUUGAAGAUCCACCAUUGGUACAACUGCACAUAAUUAAUUAAUAGAAGUCCAAAAUUAUAAAGCUAAGAAAAUAUUAGAGAAUUGGUCAAAUCCUGAAGAAUAGAACAAAAUUUUGGACCUUUGGCAGUUAUCCAGCCAAAAUAAUUGGCAAACUGAUUUUCUUGUAAGUUAUAUUAUUGUCAUGCUUAUUGCAUUUCUUGUAGUAAGGUAAUUUCACUACUUUGGUUCUGUAUCAUGUAUUAAUGGGACUAGCUAGAGUAGAUAAAUGUUUUUAUUUUUUA